AUGGCCAAACCAGGAAACGCAGUGCCAUCAAAAAUAAGAGAAAGCACAAGGUUUUAUCCUUAUUUCAAGGAUUGUGUUGGCGCUAUUGACAGAACACAUAUUCCUACUAUGAUUGUUGGAAAUGAAACUGCUAGCUAUCAGAAUCGAAAAGAAAUUUUAUCCCAAAAUGUGUUAGAUGCAUGCAACUUUGAUUUAGAAUUUAUAUAUGUCCUUAGUGGAUGGGAAGGUUCAGCUCACGAUGCAAAAGUGUUAAAUGAUGCUUUGACAAGAAUUAUCAAUAGAUUUGAAUUUCCUCCAGAGGGAUCUUGUGAUGAACAAGGUGUUGUCCAAACAAAUAGUGGUGGUGAUCAAUUCCUUGGUACACAAAAAAAACAAAGAGAAUAUGCUAACGAGUGGAGAACAACAAUUGCUACAUCUAUGUGGAAUGAUGCUAUCAUUAGUGGAUUUCAACGGGUCAGUAAACAAGUCUUUAGGCUUCCAGGACCUAGCAAACUGGUCGUCGAUUAUGGAUGGGCUCCAUGCCUAGUGAGAGGACGUGAAGCCCAUAAAGAGAAGUGGGCACAUGGACUGGUGGUGAACGUGGGGCCCACUGGAGAGGUGACAGUAGGGACGUUACAUGAACACCUCGAACGACGAUCUCCUCCAUAA